AUGGCAAGCGUGGUGGUGAAGACAAUCUGGCAGUCCAAAGAGAUCCAUGAGGCGGGAGACCCACCUGAGGGGGUCGAGAGCCGCGCCCAGCUGGUCCCCGAGGCUCCCGGGGGGGUGACCAGCCCUAUCAAGGGGAUCACGAAGAAAAAGAAGGCCGUGUCCUUCCAUGGGGUGGAGCCCCGGAUGUCCCACCAGCCGAUGCACUGGUGCCUGAACCUCAAGCGGUCCUCAGCCUGCACCAACGUGUCCUUGCUCAACCUGGCUGCUAUGGAGCCCGACUCCUCAGGCACAGACUCCACCACUGAGGACAGUGGUCCACUGGCACUUCCAGGGCCACCUGUUUCUCCUACAACACCCUGGGCUCCAGAGGACCCUGACAUCACAGAACUACUGGGCCCCUGCCCUGAUGUUCUGACUCAGGAGAACUGCCGCAAGGUGGCGCGCUCAGUGGAAGAUGCUGAGAUCAAAACCAGCGUCCUGAAGCAGAACUCUGCUUUGCUGGAGGAGAAGCUAAGAUACCUCCAGCAGCAACUGCAGGAUGAGACGCCGCAGAGGCAGGAGGCGGAGCUGCAGGAGCUGGAGCAAAAGCUGGAGGCUGGCCUCUCCCGGCAUGGCCUGAGCCCCGCCACUCCCAGUCAGGGCUGUUCCGGCCCACCCGGCAGCCCCGAGGAAUCCCCGCGGCCACGAGGCCUGGCCUCCAGCGGCUGGGGCAUGGCCCUCCGGGCAGGAGAGGGGCCUUCGCUGACAGAGCAGGAGUUGCAGAAGGUCUCCUCCAGCCUGGAGGAGCUGAGGAGGGAGGUGUCCUCCCUGGCAGCCCAGCGGAAUCAGGAGGGGGCACUGCAGGAGGCGCUGAGGCUGCUGGGUGGCCGGAUGGAUGGCUUCCUUGGCCAGUGGGAGUGGGCACAGCAGGAACAGGCGCAGUCUGCACGGGGCUUGCAGGAGCUUCGAGGACGGGCAGAUGAGCUGUGCACUAUGGUGGAGAGGUCAGCAGUGUCUGUGGCUUCACUGAAGAGCGAACUGGAGGCCUUGGGCCCAGUGAAACCGAUUCUGGAGGAGCUGGGGCGGCAACUUCAAAACACUCGAAGGGGAGGUGACCAUGUCUUGAACUUGGAUAGGUCUGCCCAAGGCUCCUGUGCCCGCUGUGCCAGCCAGGGGCAGCAGUUGUCCACGGAGUCACUGCAGCAGCUGCUGGAAUGUGCACUGACCCCGCUGGUGGAUGAGGUGAAGCAAAAAGGCCUGCCUCCUGCCUGCCCCAGCUGCCAGAGGCUACACAAGAAGAUUCUGGAGCUGGAGCGCCAGGCCUUGGCCAAACAGGUCAGGGCAGACGCCCUGAGCUCCAUCCUUCGGCUGGCCCAAGACGAAGCCGUUCAGGUCAAGAACCUGCUGCUGACGGACAAGAUGAGCCCGGAGGAGAAGGUGGCCACUUUGGACUAUAAGCAUUUGAAGAUGUGCACCCUCCAUGACCAGCCACCUGCCACUUGAGGGGUCCAUCAGGGCUAUGGGGGGAGGAAUCACGGGAGGGGCUCCCCCUAAACGUGGGGGCCCAGGCUCUGAACAAUAAAUGGCGUCUCACGCU